AUGUUUCUUUCUUUCUUUCUUUCUUUCUUUCUUUCUUUCUUUCUUUCUUUCUUUCUUUUUUCUUUUUUGUUUCCAAACACUAUGUUACAUUUAUUUAUUCAUUCUUUCUUUCUUUCUUUCUUUCUUUCUUUCUUUCUUUCUUUCUUUCCCAAAGAAUCAGAAUACAUUUCACGAAAGCAUCAAGAAAUUUUCGCCUUUUCUACAUUUCAUUCUUUCUUGCUUCUUCUCUUUGUUGCUUUCUUCCUUUUGCUCUUUACCCAUAUUUCUUUGUUGUUUUUAUUGUUUUCUUCUUUCUUUCUUUCUUUCUUUCUUUUUCGCUCACACUGCAUACUUGGCCCCUUUCCAACUUUCUUUCCUUCGUUUUAUCUUUGUUGCUAUCUUCUUUUUCACACAUUCCCACCUUUCUUUCUUUCUUUCUUUCUUUCUUUUCAAUCGUUCACGCCUUUUUUUCUUUCUUUCUUCUUGUUCAUCCGUUCCCAACUUUCUUUCUUUCUUUCUUUCUUUCUUUCUUUCUUUCUUUCUUUCUUUCUUUCUCGCUCUUAUUGCAUAUUUCUUUCGUUCUCACCUUUCUUUCUUUCCUUCGUUUUUUUCCAUUCUUGCUUCCUUCUUUUUCACUCCUUCCCACAUUUCUUUCUUUCUUUCUCGCUCACUCUUUAG